AUGCGGUGGCGGCUGCCGGGCGCCCGUUCGACCCUCCCCGCCAGCGUCGCCCUCCUCCUCCUUCCGGUCCUGGUUGUUCCGCAGCAGCAUCCAGAAUCCCAUGAUUUCUCCAUUCCUCAAGUCUCCGUGCCGUCAGCGCCCGCCGGAGCAGAUCCAAUACAUGCAAGCGCGGCUACCCUAGCCGUGCCCCCCAUCGUGAAAUCCAACGAUGCGAGCGCCCUAGCAACUCUGGCUCUGGCGGGCUCCGGCCGCGCCGUUCGAGCCCCUCCCGUCCGGGCUAGCAGUACCGCUGCUGGCCUGGCUUCGCAGCUUCACGCGCGGUCCCUGCAGGACUGGGAGGUUGAGGACUUUGUGCUGUUGGCGACCGUCGACGGAACCAUUCACGCGAGAGACCGCAAGACCGGCUCUUCUCGCUGGGCCCUCGAGGUGCCCAGCAGUCCUCUCGUAGAGAGUAUCUAUCAUCGUGCCAAUCGCUCGAGCUUCGAUGAAACACAGCCCGAGGAUGACUUUUUGUGGAUCGUCGAGCCCAGCCAGGAUGGCAGCUUGUACGUCUACAGCCCUGGCCCCGAGGCUGGGUUACAAAAGCUCGGAUUGACAGUCAAGCAAUUGGUUGACCAAACCCCUUACUCCGGUAUUCAGCCUGCUGUGACGUAUACCGCUCGCAAGGAGACAACUCUGUAUACGAUCGAUGCCCGGACUGGUAGCAUCCUGCGGGUGUUUAGUUCUCGGGGUCCAUUCACGGCGGGACAAGAAUGUCGGAAGGUGGAUGGUCUCGAAACAGACUCUGAUGAGUGUGAGACAACUUCUGGGACACUCGUGCUUGGCCGUGUAGAGUAUGCCGUGGCUAUUCAAAACACCGAGACGGGGGAUCAGAUCUGCACGUUGAAGUACUCCGAAUGGGCUCCGAAUACUCGGGACAUUGACCUUCAAAGUCAGUACUACCGCACCAUGGACCAGAGUCAUAUCUAUAGCAUGCACGAUGGUGUGGUGUUGGGAUUCGAUCAUUCCCGGAUGGACCGGCCUCGGUACACCCAACGCUUUUCAUCUCCAGUGGCCCGCGUCUUUGACGUGGUUCGACCUGCCAAUAAGGAUGCACCGGAUGCAUCGACACCGCUGGUGCUCCUUUCCCAGCCUCUACAACCCCCAGAUCCUGACUACGGUACAUUGGAUGAUCGAGACACUCGUGUAUUCAUUGAUUCUACCAAUGCGGGUGGGUGGUAUGCCUUGUCUGAAGAGACCUACCCUCUCGUCACCGGCCGGGCCCCAAUGGCUCAAUGUUACGACAAGGACUUUUUCCGCAAAGGCCAAUCCCUCAUGAGUUUGACUCCCAGUCAACAGCGGGAUGCGUUAGCCGGUGUUCACUCAUUGAAUGGACCACGCAUCACUCCAUCCAUUCCCCGAUUGGGUAGCUCCUCGACGACCGAAUUGGCCAACGAUACACCUCGCGACGUCCUGCGUAGCCCAUCCGAGCUAGCGCUACCCCCUGCCCUUCGGCACAGCGCCAUCAUCCGCAAAAGUUGGGAUAACGCAUUGGACAUCGUCGUCACGUUGAUUUUGUUGUUCAUUGGCACGUUCAUUUACUUCAACUCACAUCAUAUUCGGGAUCUCGCCAAGCAGAAGCUGGACAUUAAGAACAUAAUCAACUCGAAUGACAAGUCCUCCCUUUCGGCUCCUGCCACUCCCAUCGUCGGGUCGGCCCCGGAUAUCCAUCGACCGUCUACCCCGGCGAGGCAAGUCCCCGGUGUCACUGUGGAUGUCGACCUCGGAGAUAGCACUGCAGAGGGUGAAGUGACACCUCGACCCUCGCGGGACCACAGUGUGCCCCCUCUUUCGACUCCUCGCGUGCAGAUCCGUGAACCUUCUCGGGAACCCGAUGAUGGUGAGGCGGAAGACGGUGCUCAAGACCCUGAUAAGCCGAAGAAGAGACCUCGCAAGCGUGGUACUCGCGGCGGAAAAUCACAUCGCAAGGGCAAGAAGCCGGGCACCGAAGCAGAUGCCAACCAGGCUGAUCGGGUUGUCGAGCAAGUAAACAACAUGGCUCCCCAGUCUCGUUUGGAGCCCGACGUGCAAAUGACUCGUACUGUCUCCAACGAGAUUGUGGAGAUGGAUGGUGUCAUUCGCAUUGGUCGAUUGGAAGUCUUCACUGAUGUCGUUCUUGGUCACGGUAGUCACGGUACCGUGGUGUAUCGGGGCGUGUUUGAUGGUCGAAACGUGGCCGUCAAGCGAAUGCUGAUGGAGUUUUAUGACAUUGCUUCGCACGAAGUUGGACUGUUGCAGGAGAGUGAUGACCAUCACAAUGUCAUUAGGUACUUCUGCCGUGAACAGGCAGCUGGGUUCUUAUACAUUGGGUUGGAACUCUGUCCUGGCUCGCUGCAGGAUGUCAUUGAACGUCCCUCUCAGCAUCCAGAGCUGGUUCAAGGCGGCCUUGACAUGCCGGAUAUCCUGAAGCAAAUCACCCAGGGUGUGCGUUACCUACAUUCCCUCAAGAUCGUUCAUCGUGACUUGAAGCCUCAAAAUAUUCUGGUCGCCAUGUCGCGCGGUCGAACUUCCGUCCGCUCUUUGCGGCUGCUCAUCUCCGAUUUUGGAUUGUGCAAGAAACUCGAGGACAACCAGAGUUCUUUCCGAGCCACUACUGCCCAUGCCGCCGGUACAUCUGGAUGGCGUGCGCCUGAGCUGUUGGUAGAUGACGACAAUGUGGGUAUGAGCUCCGAGUCGCAGCAUACCGAAUCGUCAGAGCCCGCCGUUGUGGACCCGCAGACCAAUCGCCGCGCCACUCGUGCCAUUGACAUUUUCUCGCUGGGCUGUGUGUUCUACUACGUUUUGACUCGUGGUAGCCAUCCGUUUGAUAAGAAUGGCAAGUUUAUGCGCGAGGCCAAUAUUGUCAAGGGUCAAUUUGACCUGGAGGAGUUGAAUCGCCUGGGCGAUUAUGCGUUCGAGGCGGAUGAUCUCAUCCGCUCGAUGCUCUCCCUUGAUCCUCGUCAGCGUCCCGACGCCAGUCAAGUACUCAUGCACCCCUUCUUCUGGCCUCCAUCCGAUCGCCUCAGCUUCCUCUGCGAUGUCUCCGAUCACUUCGAGUUUGAGCCCCGUGAUCCACCCUCGGAUGCUCUGCUCUGCUUGGAGUCGGUUGCCGAGCGAGUGAUGGGCCCCGAUCUGGACUUUUUGCGUCUGCUUCCUCGCGACUUCAAGGAUAACUUGGGCAAGCAGCGCAAGUACACCGGUGAUCGCAUGCUGGACCUUCUGCGUGCUCUGCGUAAUAAGCGCAAUCACUACAACGACAUGCCCGAGUACUUGAAGGCGCAUAUCGGUGGACUGCCCGAGGGUUACUUGAACUUUUGGACUGUGCGCUUCCCCAGUCUGUUGAUGAGCUGCCACUGGGUGAUUGUAGAGUUGGGUCUUACCGAUAUCGACCGGUUCCAGCGAUACUUUACGCCCCCUGAGUAG